AUGACGAGCGAACGGUCUGACCUGUUUGAGCUUGGGCAAUCGCUACUCCAAUGGAUCAAGACAUUCGAAACCCCUGAACCCGUCCGGUCCUACGAUGACCUUCAGACCGGACAUCUCAUAUGGCACGUCCUGCGCGAUGUCGACCCGAACUACUUCCGAGGCGACCUUCCCGAGACCGAUCUCACCGCUCGCGAUAACUGGAUUGCCCGAUGGCAGAACCUCAAGCACGUCGACCGAGCGGUGACUACAUAUAUCCGGGAGGAGUGCAAACAACUCCAGACCCUCAGCCACAAGAUGACGCCCGACCUAAAGGCAAUCGCUGCCGAGGCGUCACCGGGAGAGACUAUCAAAUUGCUCAAAGCCGUGUUCGUUGCGGCCCUCUUCUCGGAGAUGUCGAACGAACGGAUGGUUGGAAUCAUUGGCGAGCUCGGCCCUCGAGCGGGCAAUCUGUUCAUGAGCAUGAUCAAUGACAUGCAGGAGCUCGAUCAGAGGCUGGCAGAAUACGGGGUCGAGGCUGAGGAGAUCGCGGAUCCAACCGAGCCGAGUUCCGAUCCGGUGGUCGCACGGGAUCCCGAACUUGAGAAAGAAGAAAACCUGAUCCAGGCUUAUGCUGAGAACCGCAGCCUUCAAGAGCGCAUUGAUACACUUAACAAAGAGGUCGCCACGCUAUAUACGACGAAGGAGGACCUGCAACAUGAGCUCGACACUGUCCAGGACCGCCUGGCGAACCAGAACAAGGCGUCGACUAGUGAAGCAAUCGAGGUUCUUCGGAUUCAGAACGAGAAAGACCGCGAAUAUAUUGCCGACCUCGAGAAUCAGCUAUCCACAACCCAAGAUCAACUUCAGCGCGAUCAGCGCGAGCUGGAGCAACUCAAGGCCGACGCUGUCUCGAAGUACGAUCUCCGGGAUCAACUGCAGCUUAUCCAAGCCGAACGCGACGAGCUGUCUCGGAGAGACAAAGCCAACGAGAACCUGAAGAAGAAAAUACAGACCCUCAAAGAAGACGCGAGGGAUGCCGAGUUCCUGCGCAACGACUUCCGGGAAGCAACCGAAAAGAUCAAGGAGCUGGAGAAGAUCCGCGAGGCAUGUGCACGACUGCAGAAGUCGAACGCCGAGCAGUUCGAGACAAUUUCCAACGGCGAACGCGAGAUCUUCGCGCAAAAGACCGCCCGCAAGCAUCUGGAGCACGAACUCACCACCAUCUCUCAGCGCUACGAGCAGAUCCUGGAGUUCAAGAAUCGUAACGAGGAGAGGAUAAAAGAGCUUCAGGAUCAAGUCCUCGACCUGGAGGCCCGCUCCGGUGGGACGGGCUUGGCCGACGAGCUCGACGACGCUGCCACAACGACCACCGGAGACCCCGAGCCGACGCAAUCCCACAAGCUUCAGGCUUCGGUGGCAUCGUUCGGAUCCCCCGAGUUGGAGGUCCUCCGCACACAACUUGAGACCCUCCGAAAGCGGAACGACGAGCUCGAGGAGCAGUAUCUGACCCUGUUCCAGGAGAACCUGGGCCUCAAGAGCGUCCUCGACAACUCUACGGACGAGAAGAACGAGGACACCUCGUACUAUCUCCGACAGAAACAUCUCCUUGACUCCACCACUGACGAGCUCAAGGAGAUCAAAGCCAAGCUCGUCGAAUCACUAACCGAAGUCGCCCAGCUGAAGGAGGGUGCGUCCAACGAUGCCGAAGGCGCCGCCACCGAAGCCGCCGAAGCCCAGCAAACCCUCAUCGGCAAAUUACAAGCCGAGCUCGAGCAAGAGCGCAGCCUCCUCAAGCACGCCCUCAACCGCAAGGAUGCCCUCGCCACCGAAUCCGAAUCCGAACACCUCCUCCACUCCAUCCAGCUCGCCCGCACCCAACUCCUCGACCUCACCACCGGGCCCCCCACCGAGCUCGACCAGCGCAUUGACCAGAAAGCCGACGAGCUCGGCCACCAGAUACAUUCCUACGCCAUGAACUCCUGGCUGGACCGCGAGACGCCCGCCUUCUUCUCCCCCCCGCCGCCUGCGGAGCUCCGAGCGGCUGCGGGCGAUGCGGAAGGAGUGCCAGUCGCCUGGCACGAAGCACAAGUCGGACUGGUCGUGGUUCUCGUGGACGAGCGGGCCCGCGACGGCGGACUGCAUCACGCAGACGUAGCCGUCAAACUCGCGACGCGCGACGCGGAAGUCGAAACGCUCCGGACGGAGCUCGUGGCCGCGCGGAAUAGCACACCGGCCGACGGUGACCCUGUGACACGACAAGAGCUUGAAUAUCUACGACGUGAAAAUACCCUCCUCACCACCGCGUGGUACGACCUGGCAAGCCGCAUGCAGAGCAACACGUUGAUGCUGCAGCGGCGGAGCGAGGCACCGAAGAGUUGGUUGGGGAGGCAGCGGGUGUCCGUUAGUGGUGCGAGUACGCGGAGGUGA